GCUCACUGUACCAACCACGUGUGACGGCUCGAAGAGUAAACGAGACUGAGGCGUUGCGAGAUGCCGAAGAUGAUGAUCCAGAAGAUUAUUUUCCAUUCGCAGAGCGCGCGAGCGGAGUUAUAGAUAGGCGGUGUGAGUGGGAGGACAAAAACUGUCUAAUUAUGCCGCUGCGCCGGGAAUUCGUCAUCCAUUAUUUAUCCAUUGACACAGACAUUUUUUUGAUUGCUCCUUCUCAUGCAGGGAAGAAACAGCUAAGUUUUUGAGCCGCGCUGGGUCUCUGUUUCAUCCUCCGUCGCUGUUCAGAACGGAUCUCAGUUACUCAGUAAAGUGUGAUUAUACUAAUGAAGACAUGGACAACGUUUGGUUUAUUUUGUCAACAAACAGAAGGCCAAGCUGACUCAUAAGCCAAGUGAUUAGUUUGUGACCGUUCCAGAAAAAUGAAAUCAAUCCAGUACGUGCAUUUUCCGGAGAUAGACUCCACUCACACGUGGGUUGAACGGAAUCACGGGUCUCUCGAUCCAGAAAAGCUCACUUGCAUAUCCGCAGACUAUCAGAUGGCAGGGCGUGGUACUGGUCAGCGUGUUUGGCAUGCUCCACGAGGAAAAAACUUGCUAUGCACCUUUUACUUCAUGCUACCAGAGAGCCGCAAGGCGCAGGCACCCUCAUUUCUGCAGGUAUUCAAGUAAGCGUGACUUGCCGUGACGCGUAUUUUCAUACCUGCUUGAUGAGAAGAAUGUGAACUCACUGGGUAGAGGCACACGGUCCACCGCGACUUCAUCAAAAUAUAUUUUUGUUGUUUUGCUGGAUCGUUUUAAAUUUUCUGGAUUACCUGCAAAAACCAAUUGCAGGUUGCUGCCCUUGCGGCGAUGCACGCGAUGAAACGAAAAGUUUGCGUGGGACUGCAGAUGGAUAAGUUGCAUUUCGCUUUAAAAUGGCCCAAUGAUGUGAUGCUCAAUGAGCGAAAAAUGGGCGGCAUUUUGUCUCGCAUGGUCGUAGAUCCAGUGCGGCACACGACGCGGACAGAACUGUUGCUUAGUGGUACUGUAGGUUCACAAGCGGGCAUCGGUGGUGCGACGCCGUCUGGUGCAGGACUUACACUAACGGGCACCAGCGCAGCAGCAUCAAGCAGUGGUCUCGGCUUCAUGUACAGCGGUUCAUCGCCAGUGGCGGGAAGUGGGGUAGGUGAAAUUUCACCAGUACCGACGAUGGCGUCCGUAUCUUUUGUGGGUGGCGCGCGCACAGGAGGAGCGCCGGGCAUUGUACGGUUAGGGGAGACAACGCCUGCCGGCCAAAGCUCUGGUGGGGGAGAAACGGUAUCGAAGCCAGUACCACCAGAGCUUUGCGGUCUUUUCGCCGGUGCGGGACGAAGCGGAACAUCAUCGGAUCAACCGCGACCUGCAGCACCAGUUGUUUACGAAGAGUCUGUCCUGUCAUCCGGAAGUCCCGGUAGCAUUGGCGCCGCACAAUCAGCACAAGGUGCGAGUAAUCCCGCAGGGAUCGAAAAUGUCCUCGUGACCAGUGAUGAAAAGCAGAUCGGAAUGAUAGUCUCCUUUGGCCUGAAUAUCAACUUAUCUUCAGAGGAUCUAGCGGAGAUGGUGGCGCUGUAUGGAAGCGAUGGUGAGACUUCUGCUGAUGUCACAGAACAAAGGAGCGACGGAGAAUCAAAGAAGACAGAACCCUUCGCCUGGGCGCCAACAUCAUUGCUGCGAGAGGUCGGGAAUCCAAUCUUAAGCUUCGAUGUAGGGCGUAUUCGACAGGAGCUUGCCCAUGAACUGGUUUACGCAGUGCGCACAUUUGCAAAAUCGGGGUAUGGCGUGUUUGCGCCGCUGUUGCCAUCCGUCAUGCUCUAUCAGGAUCAGCACGUUGUAUUUGCGCCACGCGGAAGACACCACGCGGAUCGAACGGCGGGCAUCUUUAGAGGGUUAGACGAAGAGGGAUGGUUCGUGCUUGAGCUACCAAUCGGUGCGACAGAGAAAUACUGUUGUGGGGAGCUCUGCCCACCAGAAAAGUUCGCCAAAAGCUGAGGCGGAGCCUCUUUUGCAUUUUUUCAAUCUGUAAUUAGAUGAAUCGUCACGAAGCGCUAGCAUACACGCCAAACACCAACAGGACGCAGAAGUACAUGACGCAAACACAUAUUUUUGUUUUUGCCUAAUCCUCGAGGCACCGACACGACUCGGAUGCAAUGAUAUCAAUUUUUUUUGAUGAAAUAGUUGUUCUGAUAGAACGAGAGGAGCUGAUCAUGUUUAGCGG